AUGACAGAUACCUGGGUUAUAGUCGGCGCCUCUCGAGGCAUUGGACUCGAGUUUGUUCGUCAACUGCUACAGAAUGGCCACCAAGUUAUCGCAGGGGUGAGGAGUGUGUCAAAGGCCGAUCAGCUUGUCAAAUUGAAGUCUCAGUAUACAACGCCAGAGCGCUGUAUAAUCGAAGAGUGCGAUGUUGCGAGUGAAGAGAGUAUUCAGAAAUUUGCCAAUAAAGUUAGGGAAGCUGCCCGAAGUGGACUGAAAGUCAAGAAUAUUGUCCUCAAUGCUGGCAUACUCCAAUAUCCAAAUCGUGCAACCGAACUCUCCUUCUCCGAGUUCGCUCUCCAUUUGCAUACAAACACUAUCGGACCUAUCAUCUGUGCGCAGAAACUGGUCCAUCUUGACACAGAAUCACCACCUUCAAAAAUUGUGUUUAUCUCCUCAGACUCGGGGUCAACCACCAUCUUCCGCGAUGAUGAGGAUGGAUUUGGAGCUUACAGCGCAAGCAAGGCCGCACUUAAUCAAAUGCUUAGACACAUGGCGGCCGAGUUGACACGAAGGGGUGGGAAGUGGAGCAAUACAUGCGUUCUAGCUUUGCAUCCAGGCGAAGUUCAAACCGACAUGGCCAACAUCGAUCUCGGUUGGGAAGUGAAAGGGUCUAUACAGGCCGACGAAAGCGUUUCGGGAAUGCUCAAGGUUAUUGAGCAGAUGGAUGAGACUGGUAGUUUCUGGUGCUGGGAUGGGAGGCGACACCCUUGGUAG